AUGAAACCCAACAGUUCUGCGUGGCUCAGCAAGCCGUUCUUAACAUCCAUUCUGCUGGGAAUAGGAGGUUUCCUUUACGGAUAUGACUCCGGAAUAAUCACCCCGAGCCUGGCACUCAAGUCUUUCUUGACGUAUUUCGGAAACCCAGAUGCCCCCCUCAGAGGUGCUAUUGUGUCAGUCUAUCAAGCAGGAGCCUGGCUUGGAAGCGCAUCGGUGGGCAUCACCAGUGACCGCCUCGGUCGACGGCGGGCCAUCGCUUUUGGAUGCAUCUGGGGCGUCAUUGGCGGGGCGUUGAUGGCUGGUGCUGCUCACGUUGCAAUGCUCAUCAUGGGCCGUCUUCUGGUCGGGUUUGCCGUGGGGACGAUCACAGGCGUCGCUCCUGUGUUUGGUGCCGAAAUCGCCAAGACCCACGAAAGAGCCAGAAUCACAGCUGUCAACCAGAUGAUGGUCGCCUGGGGCUUCUUCGUCGCCCUCUGGACCGGCGUGGGCGAAGGCAAAUGGCACAACCCCAACCAAUGGAGACUAGGCUUCGCGAUCCAGAGCAUCCCCGCCCUCAUCCUCGGCGUCGGCGUUCUCUUCCUAAGCGAGUCGCCCCGAUGGCUCUGCCUCAAAGGCCGCCACGAAGAAGCCGAGAAGGCGUUCCGGAACUACCACCACGACGGGGCCAACGACGAGUGGUGCCGCGCCGAGUUCACCGCCAUCCAGGUCAACAUCGCCGAGGAGCUGUCCGUGCAGGGCCGGCUCUCGUGGGGAGACCUCUUCAGGACGCCGGCGUUCCGGAGACGGCUCUUCGUCGGGUCCUUCGUCUGGGCCGCCGCGAUGCUGUCGGGUAUCUCGUUCGUGCAGUACUACCAGACGGCCAUCUACGCCACGCUGCAGUUCAGCCAGGACCGGCAGCUCCUGGUCAGCGGGCUCUACGGGUCCGUCGCGCCCGUGGCCUGCCUCGCGUCGCUGUUCUUCGUGGACCGGGUCGGACGUAGGAAGAUUCUGGUCGGCAGCUCGUCGCUGCUGGCGGUGUGCUAUGCGAUCAUCACCGUCCUGGCGGCGGUGUACCCUGCGAGGCCCGGGUUCCCGACGAACGAGGCGGCCCAGCGCGGUCUUAUCGCCUGCAUCUUUGCCGUUUCGGCCAACUACUCUGCCCUGCUGGGUCCGAUGACCUGGAUCAUUCCACCAGAAGUAUUCACCACGGAGCUCAGGGCGAAAGCGAACGCCAUCGUCCAGGUUAUACACUACUCCAUCAGUCUGGUCAUCACGCAGUGCUCGCCCAUAGCACUUGCGGAGGUUGGAUGGAAGUACUACAUCCUUUUCAUUCUAACUAACGCCAUCUGUGCGGUGAUCUUUGCUUUGUUUUAUCCGGAAACAAGAGGUAAAUCGUUGGAGGAGAUUGAUGAAAUCUUUGGCGAUGUCAAGGUCGUCCGAACUGCUGAUGUUGACCUUGCUGAGAAGGCGGGUCUCGAAGAGGUCGAAACACGCAGAUCGCGUACGAAUGAAUGA